GUUAUCAAAGCUGACAGCUUAUUUCCAUUGAAUAUUAUACUUUAAAAAAUGACGAAUUUGGAAAAGCCGCCCCUAACCGCCGAUGAAAAAUACCAGUUAGCCUUGCAAACGGAACAGGAACUAGCGAGAUGUUCUCGAACCUACACCAUUUUGGAAAGAAACAGAAACGAAUUCUUACAAGCAGGAGCGGGCGGGAAACUCGCAAAGCACAAGAAAGUACUGAACAUAUUCAAAAAGGAACAGAGAAACAUACUGACCGAUUUUGCUGUAGCUUCUUCAGACUCUAGAGUAAAAGAGGACGAAAAACGUUCCACGAAAUUGAGUUUUUUGUUAAAAGAGUACGACGAUUUCGAUAAUACGAUCAAGAACCACCACCGAGAGGUGCAAGAGAUCGACUAUCAAAUUCAGAUGGUAAAGAAAGAGACGCUGGAAUUGGCGAAGCGGCAAAUAGGUGACGACAGAUACCAAGAGCGAGUGCUUAAAGCUGACCAAACGGUCCAAACGCUGGAGAACAAAUUGGAGGUCCAGAUCAAAAAAUUCUGCGCGAUCUGCGCCGAAAAUAAUCUCUUGCGGUACGAGCUUCGGCAUUUAUUAAACGAAAGGACCGAGUUUAACAAAACGUGGGAUAAUCUUAUCAGCAACUUGGUUAUUGGGAAAAAAUUUAUGAUGGAUUUAAUAGAGCAGGCCACCAUCGCGUACGACCAGCGGGAAGAAUGGGUCUCUAAACUGCAAAUCCUACGAACCAGGGCAAGAAACGACCUACUCGCCCAAGUUCAAGAGAUGAGAGUGUUGCAAAGAAAAAGAGACAACGACGUAAAGUUGCAGGACUUUUUUGCGACCAAGGGUCAAAAAAGGCUAAUGGUGGAUCUAGAAGCCGCGUACUUAAAAAAACGCGAGAGACAAAAGCGGGACGUUCAAAAUCAACUGGCAGAGUAUUUAAAUAGUAUGAAUAAAAUUAAAGAGUUUACCGAGCUAGAGAAAGUUCAAGAGAUCGUCAAAACGUUCUUGCGCCAAGAGGAGGAAAAUUUCUCCAUGUUCAAGUACGUAACAUUUCUUAAUAAGGAAAUGGAGGAAUUGAGCGACAAUUUAUCUAAACUCCAUUCAGAAAUAGAGACACACAAGGAAAUGCGCACAGAGUGGGAGGAACAACAGGAAAAUUCCCUUAAGGAACUAAAUGAAAAAGUCGAACAAGUGACCAAGCAAGCUGACGCUAAACAGGAUGAACUGCAGAGCCUCGAACAAAAAUUAAAUGUCAUGUUAAAAGGAGUCGAAACAUUGUUUCAAUUGUUCGGAUGCAAUAACGACCCGUUAAUUCAGAUGUUGGGGCGAAAUGAAACUAUUCACUACUACAACGUGCUGCUUUACCUUCAAAUCCUUGAAAACAACAUCCAAGAAGCUUUCGUAGAUGUCUUUUAUAAGGAACAAAACAUUGUACCUAGCAAGCACCAGCUGACGAUUAUAAAACGAGAUAGAAAACCUGAGGAAAUGUAUUCUGUAGACAGCAUAUGUGCAACGAACCCGUGUCCCUUGUGCCUGGAACACGAAUUGGUUAGUGACGUUAUAGAUCUGGUGCAGGUCGCUUACACCAAAGAACAAAUUAAGGAAAAACUGAAACAGAGAUUGACAAUUGAAGGCUCCGAGACAGCGUUGCACAACGUAUCGGCCUGCCACCUGCCAAAAUCUAGACAAAUUAUACAAAAGAGGUACCAAUAAAGUAUCGCCAACUCGAUAACGAAAA